AUGAAUCGAAAUAAUAAUCCCUACCAGUAUACUCCACCCUCAACCAAUCGACGAACUUCAACGUCAAAUUUAAACGCACAUUUAUUAUAUUAUGAUUCGCGUACUCGACAACAAUCGAAUAACCCUUAUACUUACAGUCCCUAUGUGAAUAUGUUCGAUUCACGUACACGACGAAUCUCCUCACAAUCUCCUCAAAUUUAUGAACCAGCCAUACAUCAACAGUUUCCAACUUAUAAUGCAUCAUCGUUGUUCGAUGCAGAAAAUCCGGAAUUAAAUCAUGAUCUUUUCACAUCGCCAACGUUUAGCACUCAUCAUUCACCUCAAGUACAGCUUCCUACAAUGCAUAGACGAUCAUACGUUCCACCAGUUUAUUCUACUCCCUCGACCACAAACAUUUUUAAUGAAGAGCACCUGCUCGAAAAUAAUAAUAAUCGAUUCAGUCUAUUUGAUCAUGAAACAUCAUCAUCUCACUAUACAUCAAUACCAUUCCGUGAAGUAACAAAAGACUCUAUUGCAUCACGUAUGGAUGCAGGAAAUGAAAUGCGACUUCGUCUAUUAAAUGAUAUUGAACGAUCAAUAACAGAUUUAGACAAGGAAUUAGAAUCACUAGAAAACAAUAGAUCACGUUAUUCAACAGUGAAUUUAAGGCAUACGGCUCCUCAGCCGACAAGAUUUUCAUCUAUUAUUGAACUUGAUAUUCUAGAAGAUGACACCAACAGACAAACACCCAUUCUCGGUAAAUUCACUCAUUCAGCAGUUUUAUCACAGAGCAAUAAUAAUCAAAAUAAGCCUUCACUAUCGCAACCAACAUCAGCAAAAGACAAUUUAUCGUUGACUGAUAGUCAAUUAUGGCCUCAGAAACAAAAACGUGCCUAUGAAGUUAUACCACGUUUUACUGGUGAAUUUAAAACAUCACGACAAUCGUCAAGUACAAAUAAUAAUAUGCCUGUUGUAAUUGAAGCAGAGCGUAGAGAAAAUCAACUGGUGCCAGUAGAAUCAUCUUCAUCUGCUAACAAUCGUAAUGAACGAAUAAUUAACGAUGACAACAAUGACCAACAAAUUGAAAAUGAUCUGUCAAUUUUAAAGAAAGAUUCAUAUAAAACUGAUCACUCUCCAAUUAAGGAAAACCUGAUUUCUAAUGAAGAACGUCCCAGUGGUACACAAAUCUAUCAUUACGGUCCCGAAAUUGAAGAAAUUGAAAUUCUUGUACAUCAUCCAGAAAAUAUCGAUAUUUAUGAGACAAAUAUUGAAUCAUUUAAUAAUAAUGAAGGUAAUGAUCUAGAAUUACUUACUAUUGAUCAAUUUUUACGUGAUCGUUCGAGUUCACCAAGAAGUCGUGUGAUGUUAACAGCACAUAUGUAUGGUGGUGGAAGUGCAACGCUGGAAAAUGAAACAGAAGAUAUACUCGAUGAAAUUUAUGAUGUAGCUAGAUCACUUAUAAAUAGUCCAUUAACAGAUUUAGCUGAUGUCAAAGAUUUAUAUUUAGAAAAUUUAGAAAAAUUAAUACUAAUUGGAACAACUGAAGAACCAAAACAUGAGAAUCACGGAAUUUCAGCACUUGUUAUUGAACCGUCAAAUAACGAAAUUCUACUCAAUACACCAGCCAAAAAAGAUUUGAAAGACGAUAGUUUGAGUAUUUCAAGCGCAAAAACUGUAGACAAAAUUCAAAAUCCUUCUAUCAAACUUUUACCUCCACUUGUAGUACCGGUGGAUAACGUUGAACAGGUCCAUGAGACAAAGCCAGUAACGCCGAGCAAUACAAUUCCAGUUCAACAACCCUAUUUUUUCAGUGAUUUUGGUAACGAUGAUGAAGACAUCAUUUCUCUUGACACAAAUAAUUUUAUCAAUAAUCCGGAUUUGACUGGUAUGGAUGGUGGUAUGGGUGGACAAUCCGAUUAUUUCUCUUCAAGUAGCAACAAUGCACUUAUUCUUCCACAAGGUGAAGAAGUGGAAGAAAGAAAUAAUUUUUCUACCAUUCAACAACAAUUUAAAAGAAAUAAUACAACAUUGAACGCACAUGAAGAAGAAAAAAAAGAAACGGAUGAAAAUAUGCGUUCAUCUGUUACGACAGCAUUUAAAAAUAAUCAUUAUACUGCCGAUGACGAUGAAAACAUUUUAAUAGCAAACUCUAAACAAGACAGAACGUUAAAACCUCAAUCAGCCACCAGUUAUGUUAAAUUAGAGACGAUGGUCAUGGAAAAAGAUACACAAUCUUAUGCACAAAACUUACAACAGUCGAUGACCGAUCAAGAUUUGACGUUUACACGUUCUUCUAGUAGACCGUUAUCUUCAAGGUCCUGUAAAGAAUCGCCUAAUCAAGAAAAACAAGUUUUCAGUAGGCAUACGAGUUCAAAAAGUCAUCAUCCGCGAUCUCAGUCAUCUGCCAUUAAAAGUCCAUUAGCACACGAGAAAUCACUUCUUGAUAUGCGACCGUCAUUGACGAGUCAAGAAAAACGUAAUUCCGCAGAACUAAAUUUAGUCGAUUCGUUAAAGAAUGAAAGUGCACAAGAUAUACGACUGAAUUCUCCUGCGACGACGCGAACGUCUCACGUAACUAAUACUAACGCGAAGGAAGCUUCACCUAGUCCACUAGACGAAAGGCAACGAUCUCGAAAAAACUCAUCGAAUGUUCAUUCAUCACUGAGACAAUCGGAAAAACGAUUAUCAUCCUCAGUUCAAAACAGUGAAAGGCUAAACUCGUCAACGGCAGACAGAGCACUCAAGGGUGAUGAUUUAAAUACGUCUUCCGUGUCUCACACAACUCCAGAACCAAUAAGUAAGCAUGCUUCUGCCACGUCAUCUCGAUUGAAAUCCCGAAGUCGAGUGGAUGAUGAUUCUCAAUUUACUCGACAAAAUUCUAAUGUGCAUGAAAAUAAAAAUAAUUUUCAGAAUGCGAGUCCACUAGAACGAAAAUAUUCACAUAAUAGUCUAAUGUCAGAAAAUGAGCAAAACAAUAAUCAGACGAUUGCCAAUCUUCUUAAAAAUAUUCCACUAUCUCACGAAAACAAUCCUUCAGUUGAACGAACACAGUCAACAGUAAGUAACAGCUCGUUGCCAGUGCCACGAACUAUCAAAGAAGAAGAAUUCGAAUUGGUGAAUUCAGCGAAUAAUUCAUUAGCGCCAUCCCGUAAUCAAUCACCGACUAUUAUAAACCGAAGAAAAUAUUCAAUAAUGUCAAAUUCACCUGGCGAUAGUGGAGAUGCUGCUACAUUACCAGUUAAUAACACCAUUUUAUUGCAAACAACAACAGAUGAAAAUACUACCACAACAACUGUCACAAUAUUUGCUCAACAAAAUCGAAAAAGUACUAUUGAACAAACAGUUUCAAUAGCUCCAAAACAUAUACAAAAAGAACAAAUUCCUUUAGAGAUCGAAUCUGAAGGUAAAACCAGUCCUCUUCUAUCACCAACAGCACGAAAGACAAAAAAGAAGUCUAACAAAUCUCCGCAUUCAACCAUCAGACAAAAUGAUGAAAAAAACAUAAGUACUCCAAGUCAACGUUAUACACCGUCCAAAACAGAACACUCCCAUCCUCCAUCGACUUCAUCUUUGAAUUCCUUAGAAGAUAAUCUUGAUGUACAGCCGGAGAGACUAGUGAAGAGUACUGGGUCAAACUCACCACUAAACAAGAUACGACCAUUGGAAAUCCAAAGUUCACCACCAUCUGAAAAAUCGAUAUCAACAAGCAGUGAUCAAGUCAGACAAGUCUCCAGCCUCAUAAGAGAUGAUAUUCUCUUAAAUUCAGAUAUUCUGAAAAGUGUACAAAGACAAACGAAAUCAUCAAAUGAUGAUGAAGACGAACAAACAUCACUAUCAUCACCACAACUCGAAGAUAAUAAUCAAAAUUACGUUUUUUAUUCAGAAAAACUUACUAAACCCAAAUUACAUUCACAGUCGUCCAACCAAUAUCAUGAUACGCCAAUAUCAUCGCCUACAACAGAUCACGAUGGCAACAACUCAGAUACCGGAAGCUGGGAUAAUAAUUUUCAACAACAUAUUGUACCUCCCAAGAAGAAAUUAAAAAUUAAAAAGAAGAGUAUAACAAAGGUUAAACUAAAACCAAAACUAAUCGUAGAAGAAAAAGAAAAACUUACAGAAGAAUCUGUGCAGAAGGAAGAGUCAACACCGCAACUUUUUGGCCGACUUUGGUGUUUGCCUGAUGGAACGCCCACAGUUUUCAAUGAAUCGCUGCAAUGGAAUGCGCAAUCAAAACUGAAAUCCUAUUCAUUUGAAAACAUUUAUUAUGAACCGUAUAGACGAGAAUUCAAAAUAUUUAACCGCACUCCAAGAUGGAACAGUGAAUCGAAAUUAGCAGAAGUAACUAGAGAUCAUGUCAACAUCACACCAAGGCAACAUGAUCCUCAAUUAUCACUAAUACAACAGGAGCAGCUACAACAACAGAGGCAGCAACAACAACAAGCACAAACAGAGAAAAAGAUCUAUGAUGCUCAAAACGGAUGGCAUGCAGAACCAAAACUAAAACAAAUAUUCUAUGGAAAUGCAUCUUACAGUUUGAGGCCAUCGGAUAAUAUUAUAUUUGAUGAGAAACCCAUAUGGAGAGCACAGCCCAAAUUGAAAACAACAACAUGGGAUAAUAUACAUUAUCAACCUCAACAAUCGAAAAUACAAAUAUAUCACAAAAGUGUACAUUGGGAUAGUGAAGCGAAAAUACGAACAAGGUCACCAUCUUAUCCCUCACGAACACAAAUGAGACAAGUGCAAAUUUUCGAUGAAAAAGCCCACUGGGAUACAGAAGCAAAAGUGCAGUGUUGGAGUGAAAUUGAUCUGAAAAAGCAAGCACAUCCAAAGAAACUUCUCUUCACGAUGAGUGUACGUUGUUUAUUAUGUUUUUAAAAGUUUAGCUUGAAUGUGUCUUUGCCAUGCAAUCCUUUUUCUUCAACAUUUUGCAUUCGGUUUAAACAAAAUUCUCGGAAUUCAAAGACUGAUACAUGAGUAUGUUACGGCGAAAAUUUUAGCGCAAAACAAAAAACUGUUAAAACUGUAGAACCAUCGACAGCAACUGUGCUGAAAAUAUGUAAACAAAUUUCCGCCUUUGUCGUUCAUUACUGUCGAGAUCUAGUAACGAUCAAUUCGGAUCUGUUUGACGUGCAGAGAAUUCAAAAUCUAAUUAUUUAUCCUCAUAGGCGAGAGUUCAAGCGUGAAUGUUCGAUAUUUCAUACGUAGAAAACGUCACCUUCUCGAUGAAACUCACAGGCAUAGUGGGCAUCCGGGCGGACAUUUAGCCAAAAAGUAAAAGUGUGCUUUUUCAAGAUUCAGAUAUUGUAAAAUAUACUUUGAUGAACGGACUAUCUAAUGGUGUAAAAUUUUUUAUUCCAAGUAUUCGAUUUGACACCAAAUUUUAAAUGCGAAAAAUACACUAUCCCUCUGGCCAAAAAUAACUAGACUCGGUAUUUUCCAUAUGUUAUCACUAUAAAUUAUUCGUUUUGACAAAGUAAAUAGAGAUUCUGAUAGCCCGUCAAAUUCUCUACAACCUCCUAGAAGUACAUCUUCAAUUGUAUUCGUCUGUUGAAAAGAAAUUCAAGAGCAACAAAGACACCUUCAUUAUCCCAUUCCCCGGUGAUGCGUGUGUUGCUACAUUUUCAUCGAUUUUUUUCAACUUAUCAUCAAUUUAUUUCAAAACUAAAUUGAUCAUCUGGAAGGCCGUGAGAAACUCUAUCACCCUCUACUGUCCCAGCCACGAUUAGCUAUUAUUUGAUCGCAAACAUUUGGCAGAUGAUUUAUAUAACCACGUAUAACAUUUUUCCUUGGUAGUUUUUCCACACCAUCUAUUCUAAAAUAUUUUUGUACAAGCCACGAGA